UUUUACUCAUGUAUGAAAAUUGGGUACCUUUUCCACCACUGUAUCUAGUGGAAACCGGGAGAAAGGGAUCCAGGGCAUAAAUUAAUGGAACUCAUGUUAGAUGUACAACACAGCCAACAGGGGGAGACAAAGUGCAAGUUUACAUGUAAACCUGAAUCCAUCKAUCCUGUAAUCAAAAAUAAUAAUCGGUGGCAUGUAGCUAGGGUUGACGCUUAAAGUUAGCUAGCUACGUGGUCAUGGAUACGGUGCCCAUGGUAUGAGAAACAACACUGAAGCACAGCAAACAGCCAUACUGUGAGUUCGAUUAAUGGUAUCUAAUGGUAACGUUAAGUACUGUUAGAUAACUAUUUGUUGUUGGGAUAAUAACAGUGAUAAGUAGCGCUAGUUAGCUAACUAUAAAUCCCAGUUAGCUAUAGUAGCUAGCAAAUAGUUAGCUAGCAAGCUAGCAUUGUUGGUUAACAGUAGCAAAUACUGUAGCUUACUUACAUUGCAUUGCACACACCCAGUGGUUAGCGCGCAGACGCAUGAUACGCACACAUGCACGGAAUGCAUAUACACACAACAAUGACAAACACAUGGAUGGAAGUGUAGCUAGCUAAUUUGUCCAAAGCAGUUCUAACUAUAGUAGCAAACUAGCUAGCCAACUUUGUUUUUUACAUUAUGAAAAGAAUAUACAAAAAACGUAGGAGUUUUUAAAUUAUAUAUAUCCAUUACCAUAAGAGUGCUGUGAUGACCAGAACAAAGCGGACAGCAGAGCUGGACAAGCAUCCAGAUCCAGCUGCUAAGCUCACAAAGAAGAGUGAGUUAGCUCCAGCCCUAACAUCAGCUACCCCUAUACCACAACCACGGUACCCAGCCUCCAUCCCUGACCCCACUCCCUUCCCUCCUGUAGGCCCCGCUGACAGCAGCAAGGGGGGCACAGGGAUAAUGUACCCCAAAAGUCAGGGGAGGGUAGGCACAGCGUCCCCCUACAAUCUUGCUCCGGCUCCCUUCGACCUCAACCAGAACCACGUGGUGUGUCUGCCUCUGGUCUCCGAGCACCUGAAGCUCCUGUGGGCGUGCUCAGACCAGACCCAGGAACUGGACGGCGUGGCUUAUCUCAUAGAGGCCUUCAACGUGUUCCCAUACCCGACGCUGGGGGAGACUGCGUCGCUCGCCCAGAGCUGCUCUCUGCAUCUGGACCAGGUCAGAGUGUGGUUCAUGGUCCAGCGGCUCCGCUAUGGGAUCAGCUGGGAUGCAGAAGAGAUCUGUAUGGCACGGUGCAAGAUUUGCGGACCAAACCAGGCGAAGGAGAAGGACAAAAAAGAGAAAGAAGAGAAGGUAUUGCCUCCCCUCAGUAAGGAGGAUGAUAGGAGAAACAGGAGCGAACAUUCACCUGUGUCCACCUCCAAUCAGCUUAGCAGCCUGUCCUUCGAGUCCUCCUCACCCGUUCCUCGAAAACGCCGUAAACGCCACCCUGUUGUUGCACCCAAUAACUCCAAUCUGCAACACCCUUCACCUCCAGUCCCUCUGUGCUUAGUGGCGCCCCCKACAACCACAGGGCAAACCCUAGAAGCCCCCGACAAAACCCACGAAAACGUCAAACCCCAGAGGCACUGUCAGGACUUUCACUCAGAGCUGUGGCGGAGCUUCGGCUGUAACACAAAUCCUCCGAAGGAGGAGCUCCAGCGUCUGCAGGCCCUCACCAGGCUCCACAUGAAGUACAUCCGCAAGUGGUUCUGCAACCGGCGUUUCUUGCUCCACCACCGCGUCAAGGCCGACCCAGAGUCUGAAGAGAACGGCCAGUCGCAGCCCAACGGCCUCCUGUCGUCACAGACACAGCUUAGUCAGCGUCUGACGCAACCACCACCGCCAGCUGACAGCAGGGUCAGACCGUCACCGACGAAGAAAAGGGUCUGUCAAGUAGAUGAUGUCGACUUCCUAAGCAGGAGCCGCAAUGGUAACCAUGUCCAUGGCAACCCCGCUAACACCACCCACCAGAUUAGGUCAAACGUGAAGGUGAAGGAGAAAGAGAAAGAACCAGCGGAYGUACAGAAGAAGAAGACGGGAGCAGCAGACAAAGAGAAAACGGACAGAGCUGGAGUUAAGAGAUGGGAAAAGAACAUCAAGAAGGAACUGAAGAUGGAGCGGAACGCGGUGGGGAUCACCAAAUUCAUCGAUGACGACGGAGAAGAGCAAGUUAUCAAAAUGGGCCCGUGGCCGAAGAACAAGACAAUAGCCCAGCUGGAGCUCCUGAGACACUUCUUCCUCACCUGCCAGUGGCCCAACAAAGGGGACUACACGCAACUGCAGCAGCAGACAGGCCUCUCYCGGAAGGCUCUCACCCAGUGGUUCGGAGACACCCGCUACUACGUCAAGAAGGGCAUGGAACGCUGGAUGAGUGGGGAGGAGCACCGGAAGGUCCUGGCGCAGAUUAGGGAGAAGCAGAGGCAACGGCAGAGGGACUGGUUGAUGACUGAGGAAACAGGUCCAUCGGGGUCCUCCUCCGUGCCGUCUUUGCGUACCGUGACUCAUAGUGCUAAUGGGGAGGCUGGUAGGGAGGAGGAUGGAGCUGGGACUUUGAGACCUAUGAAUGGCGUGAAGCUGGAGUGACCGCUGGGACAGACUUGGGGGUACUCGAUAGUAUAAAAAGGCUUCUUCUCCUUGUGCUCUCUCGCCUAGGAGCACUGAUCCAGCAUGGCCUAACAGGUGAAAUGUUAUUUGUUGAAACUUGAAAUCGAUCUGAAACUCACCUGUCUGCAGUGYUGGAGAAGGAAGCUGAGUAUUGAGUCACACCCCUGCUGUAAUGCUGGAGGGUGCUGAAAGGGGACUGUUGGGCUACAUAUUAGGAAUUGUUACAAAUGAGGCAGCAUUCUGUUUGUAUGUUACAAGUUGUUGAUUAUGUUUAUGAUCUAGUCUACUUUAGUUGUAGCACUAUUGAAACUGGCACUUCCUGUUCAGUUAUUCAUUCAAAUGUCAAUUCAUGUUUCAAGCCCCAUCACGGGUUUAUGCUGGGAAGUUUCUAUGACAUUGCAUUGAUGUUCCUUGUUUGAUAUGUUCAGGGUGUAAASAAUUGGGGAAACUACCAGACCUGCGACAACCUAUGUCCUUGGGUGCGUCCCAAUAAUCUCUCCUUCCUCCUGAGGUGUGCACUUGCGCGUUCAUUUCUCCCCAUAAAGUUAAAAUCAUUGGAUUGAUGUAGACAUGGGCUAGGGGUGAGUCCAUUAAGGGAAGUGAACAAGUGCACACUUUGGGAGAACAGAGAUUAUUGGGACAUAYCAUAAGGUGUGUCCUUAUCGGUAGUAAGAAAGUCGAUCAUUUAUUUUGACUUCACUAACUCCGCUAUAGCCUGCAGUAUCAAAAUCUCAGAGCUAGCAUGUUGAGUCGUAUCUGGUUCUUUGUGUGGUGAACAGGUUUCUUCCCUUUUGUGAAUAAAAAUAACUGUUCUCCUUG